AUGUCUGAUAUCCAUGUACUUACUGGGCCAGAGGUCGCCAAUCACGCCACCCGCAACGAUUGCUGGAUUAUUGUCCACGGCAAGGUCUAUGACGUGACAGAUUUCCUGCCCGAGCAUCCUGGAGGUCAGGCGAUCAUCCUGAAAUACGCUGGCAAAGACGCAACUGCCGCCUACGAGCCAAUCCACCCGCCUGAUGCGAUUACUACGAACCUCCCUCCUGAGAAGCAUCUUGGCCCGGUCGACGCAAGCACAGUAGCCAAAGUAAUCAAGGAGGUAUCCGAGGAAGACAAGAGACGCCAAAAAUACAUCGAGGCCCGUCCCUCAAUCGAUACAAUCGUCAACUUGCACGACUUUGAGAACGUGGCCCGCCACGUCAUCCCGGAGAAGGCAUGGGCAUAUUACUCUUCCGCAUCUGACGACGAAAUCACUCUGCGUGAGAACCGCUUGGCAUAUCAGCGCGUUUGGUUCCGCCCGCGAAUCCUUCGGGAUGUCUCCCAAGUCGACUGGUCGACGACGAUCCUCGGGCACAAGUCUUCGCUUCCGGUCUAUAUUUCUGCGACUGCCCUUGGCAAGCUCGGCCACCCAGAUGGCGAGCUUUGCCUCACUCGCGCGGCUCAGAAUCAUGGUGUCAUUCAGAUGAUUGCGACCCUGGCUUCGUGCUCCUUCGACGAGAUCGUUGACGCUGCCAAGCCCGACCAGACCCUCUUCUUGCAACUCUACGUGAACCGCGACCGCGAGAUCACGCGCAAGUACGUGCAGCACGCGGAAGCGCGGGGCGUCAAGGCGCUCUUCAUCACGGUGGACGCCCCACAGCUUGGCCGCCGCGAAAAGGAUAUGCGCAUGAAGUUUGUGGGCGAUGAGGGCGUUGCCAAGGUCCAGGAUGGCCAGAGCGACAUCAAGAAGGAUCAGGGUGUGGCUCGUGCUAUCAGCUCGUUCAUCGACCCCAGUCUGUCGUGGAAGGACAUCCCGUGGUUCUUGAGCAUCACUAAAAUGCCGAUCAUUCUGAAGGGUAUCUCCACUGCGGAGGAUGCUAUCCUUGCGUACGAGGCUGGCGUGCAAGGCAUUGUGUUGUCCAACCACGGUGGUCGCCAGCUUGACACUGCUCGCUCUGGUAUUGAGGUCCUCGUCGAGGUCACCGCGGCCCUCCGUGCCCGCGGUUACUGGCCGAAUCCGAACUUCGAGAUCUUCGUGGACGGUGGUGUCCGCCGCGCAAGUGACGUGCUGAAGGCUCUUGCGCUGGGCGCGAAGGCAGUCGGCGUCGGCCGGCCCUUCCUCUACGCAUUCUGCGCGUACGGCACGGAAGGUGUCGAGAAAGCUAUCCAGAUCUUCCGUGACGAGUUCGAGAUGACCAUGCGUCUCCUGGGUGCUCGCACGAUCGACGAGCUUGUGCCGGAGAUGGUCGAUGCUAGUGCCCUCACGUCGCACACAGUCUUGACUCCGCAGGACAACUUGUUCCACAACACCUACCAACCUCUCAGCGGCAUCAAGUUCAACGAGAGCAAGUUGUAG